CAUUCGCGCCACUGGGGCCUUCCACGGCUCUGGCGAUCUAUCAGUGCGCAAAACGUUAGUCGCAGACUCUGCUACAUCACUGUUUAGUACACCCUUACGCUUACGCCUACGCUUCUUCUUGCUUGCAACAUCCGCUUCUUUCGCAGCGCGCUUUACCUGUGACUCCUCAAGCUCUUUCUAGCUCUUGGCCAUGCCCAAUACCCACAACUUGGUUGACCGCCGUGCUUUCACUUCGCUAUUGAUCUUAGACAGGAAUUGGUUGUGGUCUUGACAAGAUUGUCCAGCCAUGGCUCCUCCAGCCGCACUUGCCACCUUCUGCACGUGUCUGAGUAGGUCCUGUUUUCUUGACUUGUCAAGCGCCUGGGCAUCCUGCUUGAUCGGGUUGUGUAAAGAUGUCAAAGCCUCUGUAGUCACUGGCAUUACAGGUGUUACAGAUGUCCGCACCGUUUCAACUUGUGCACUAGCUCCUACUGCCUCCGCAAUUUAUGGAACAGCCAAUUGCGCCAGGGGCUUUGUUGUACCUUGGAGUACUCGAUCGGGGUUGAAUGGAACCAGUCCAUUUGCAGCCCACGCAGAUGUAAUAUUCUUCUUGGUGAAGGCUCAUGCUUUUGCGGGGCUAUAAAAGGAAAUGAGUCUCCUUGCCAAUUGUGUCUACGCCUCCUCGGCUUAGUCAAUCAACAUGAUCGCAAUAGGCUGC